GUGUCUUUUAAAACCUGUUUUUUUUUUAUAUUAUGGAAAACGGGGAAGGAAAAUGUAAAGAUAAAGGGAAAACUACUGAAGAGGUUGAGCUAAGAGCAAGUAAGACCCAACAUUCUUCAGAGACGGCUAUUGUGCUGAAAACCAGCCCUUCAGGCAUUAGCUCGCAAAUCCUACAAGAUGCAUCAGAAACCAUCCUUUGGGCAUUCCCUAGAGACACUCGAAGCAUAGGGGAUGAGGUCCCAGCAACGAUCCUCGAGUUAAACCUUUGUGACAACCGAAGCGUUAGAAAAGAGGCCCCAGAAACAACUCUCGAGUUAAACUUUUGUGAAAACCAAAGCUUAGGAAAAGAGGCCCUAGAAACGACCCCCGAGUUAAACCCUAAAGACAACCGAGGCCUGGGAAACGAGGUCCCAGAAACGACCCUCGAGUUAAGCCUUUGUAAUACCCGAAGCACAGGAAAAGCGUCUCCAUCGUUAAGUUGUGAAGUCAUUUGCCGGAUUUGCCAUGGCGGGCCGACAACGGAAAUGUUAAUAGCGCCAUGCAGAUGCUGUGGAAGCGCCAAAUACGUGCACCAGAGCUGCCUGCUGAUGUGGUUCGACAGGAAACAGGAUAAGACCUGCGAGCUGUGUUUAUACAAGGUCGAGAUGAAACCAAAGGGACUCAAACCUCCAACAAAGUGGAAACUUCCCAAUCGGUCAUGCGACUUCGUGGCGGUCCUCUUCAGCCUGUUCUGCCUCGUCCUUAUCUCAUUCAUCGGCCUCGUGAUGUGGGUUGCGUCUAACCGCUGCCUCUCCCCCGUCUGUGUUGUACUCUACUUCGUCUGCACCAUAGCUUUCCUAUACAUCGCCUAUUGCUGUGGCUGCGUACGCCAGAUCCGAGGAUAUUGGCAAAGCUGGCUUGACACCAACAGGGAGAUGUUCAUUCUUAGCCGCAAGGAGAGUAAAGUGGUACCGGCGAUUUUGGACUUUAGCAUCGGCCUGAUGAAUAACCUUGACAUGCAAAGGCGUGGAAGAGCGGUUCACGCGAGCUAAUACACAAUUGAUAUGAUGUGGUCCAUGUAUAACUACUGCAGGCUCAGUACCCCCCCCCCCCCCCCAUCACCCCAAAAGGAUUUGGUAUAGACUUUCCUACCCCAAACCUCUGCUGGAUAACAAUAGCAAACAGCAAUAUUCGGACCUUGAGGUAAAGGGAGAGGAGCCCCCCCCCCCCAUCCCCCCCCCCCGCCACCCCCCAAAAAGGAUUUGGUAUGGACUUUCCUACCCCAAACUUCUGCUGGGUAACAAAAGCAAACAGCAAUAUUCGAACCUUGAGAUACAGGGGGAGGAAACCAACGCCACCCCCCCCCCCCCCCAUCCCCCCAAAAAGGAUUUGGUAUGGACUUGCCCACCUCAAACGUAAGCUGGAUAACAAAAGCAAACAGCAACAUUAGAACCUUGAGGUACAGGGGGAGGAGUCCCCCCCCGCCCCCUCCCCCUUCCUCGUUUUGUUCUCGAGAAAGUGCUCUCCCACCAAAUCUUUCCGCUAGGGACAACAACGAGCUCCUCGACGCUUAUAAAAUCUAUCCAGAAAAAAAAAUAAAGAACCGUUCUCAAUUUAUUUCUGGAUAUAUUUUUUAAGCGUCGAGGAGCUCGUCUCUGUCCCUAGCGGAAAGAUAAAAAAAAUACUGUGGGACUGUCUUAAGCUCUACAUCAGUAAUCACAAACCCUCACAAAGUCCAAGAGCAAGCCAAAAAGUGGGUAGGGCUAUAGCACUACCAGCCCCUCCCUCUCCGGGAUCCCUGAGACCGAGAGACAUCACUACCGCUCGCCCUGUCGUCGCUAUUCAUUCAUGUCGCUUUCCGACUGUACAAAAACCUUUUGGAAGAAAGGAAGUCUUUUUUCUAUCCCCUAUCGCACAGAGAGGCUCAGUUCCCCUAUCCUAAAGUAAGAAUUUGGUAUGGGGUGGGGCCCCUCCACUGAAACCUCUGCUAUCUAACAAAAGAGCCCCCACCCCCUCCCUUUACCUGUCCACUCCUUAGUGAAGUAGGCGUACUACAUACAGAGCUGUGGUUCGUUUGCCAAUCGACCGCCGACCUUCGAUUUUCUACCCUUUAGUUAUCAGAGGAUAAGUUUUAGAUGCGUUCUACGUGCUUAUAUUACUACAUCUCGUUAACACUAUAAGAACACAAGAAAAUGUUUUAAGAGUAAUCCAUAUUAUGUACAGAAAUGGUAAUUCUAAACAUAUAAUGAUCUUGCUCUUUGAUUGCAAAAAAAAAUAGUGCACCGACUUCUGUUAGAUGUAAUAGCUAGAAUGGAUCAAUUGGACUUUAGGGCCACCAGGUAUAUAUAAAAGGUAUCUGGUAAAGGUUAUUAAUACCCGAUGAAUUUAGAGUAGAUUAAAAGCAUAAUACCCGGUAACAUUUCAUCGGGUAAAAGUUAUUUCAAAUAUAAAUACCCGGUAAAGCGUUAUCAGGUUAUCGGGUAGGAAAAUAUAAAUACCCGAUGAAGCGUUAUCGGGUAAAACAAAAUAUAAAUACCCGAUGAAGCGUUAUCGGGUAAAACAAAAUACAAAUACCCGAUAAAGCGGGAUCAAUUGGACUUUAGGGCCACCAGGUAUAAAUAAAAGGUAUCUGGUAAAGGUUAUUAAUACCCGAUGAAUUUGGAGUAGAUUAAAAGCAUAAUACCCGGUAACAUUUCAUCGGGUAAAAGUUAUUUCAAAUAUAAAUACCCGGUAAAGCGUUAUCAGGUUAUCGGGUAAAGGAAAAUAUAAAUACCCGAUGAAGCGUUAUCGGGUAAAACAAAAUAUAAAUACCCGAUGAAGCGUUAUCGGGUAAAACAAAAUACAAAUACCCGGUAAAGCGUUAUCGGGUAAAACAAAAUAUAAAUACCCGAUGAAGCGUUAUCGGGUAAAACAAAAUUUUCGAUCUUAGUUAGCUACAGUCGCUGUUUUCAAACUUAGCAUUUUAGCUCCAACAACCGACGCACAUCUAAGCCAAGAUGUACAUACUUUAUUAAAUUUCUGAGUAGCAUGAUACCAAAAAUCGGACUCACUAGACUAUACUAGCGCCUUGAGUGACUUCAGCGUUGAAGAGGAAAGCAAUCUACUACGCGCAAAGGCCGGUCUCAGAAUUUAACAAGCAUUAGGCUCUUGAAAUGCUAGAAACAUUGCAGAAUGUGGCAAGAGACAAAGAAGGAGAGAAGUCCAGACGGUUCGGGUUAAGAUUACCCCAAAAGAGUACUUCCGCUCUUUAAUGCUGAGGCUCCUUGGUGAUAAAGACCAUCAAGCGGCCUUCGAUGCGGUCGCCAAAGCGGAGAAAGCAAUGGGGAAACGCAAUUGGCAAAGGUUUAGGAUUCUUUUCGUACAGGACCAUCCAGAAAACAGGCAAGGAGUAACUAAAGCCCUGGCGCGGCUCGAUGCUACUAUUGCAACAAGACAGGGCGUUUCAUAUCUAGGUGUAUGGAGCGGGGGAGGGCGCAACGCCGGACCCCAUACCAGUCCCCCAGAGAGGGCCCACAGACUUCCAGUUUAACGCCGAACGAUGAUAUGUAUCUAAUAUACUUACUUCAAUCGUGUGUUAAUUAAUAAAGCAAAACAAAAUAAAAGAAAAAUUAUUUUU